AUGGGUCGCUCUCAGGAGCUCAGUGAAUUCAAGCAUGGUACCGUAAUAGGUUGCCACCUCUGCAAUAAGUCCAUCCAUGAAAAUUUCCUUGCUACUAAAUAUUCCACUGUCAACUGUUAGUGGUAUUAUAACAAAGAGGAAACUGAGAACAACAGCAACUCGGCCACAAAGUGUGCAGAAGUCGCCAAUUGUCUGCAGAGUCAAUAGCUAAAGACCUCCAAACUUCAUGUGGCCUUCAGAUUAGCACAACAACAGAGCAUAGAGAGCUUCAUG